CCUCGAUUAUUCCGCGCGCUCAGGAAGUGUGUAAAAAGCAGCGCUCUAAAUAAUACACGUCUAGCGAGCGCUGUUUUCCAUUUUAUUACAGUUUUCGACUCGUAUCAGUGUGUAGUUUUAAUAAUUACUGCAGGACAGUAGAGCUACACUCUUAAACCAAGAUGUUUGCCGGGUUGUCUGAGCUCGGGAUAUCUAAUGGCGAAGAUCUGAAGGAAACUUUGACGAACUGCACAGAGCCUCUGAAAGCUAUCGAUCAGUUUCAGAUGGAGAACGGCAUAUUGUUGCCGACGCUGCAGUCUGCGCUUCCCUUCCUCGAUCUUCACGGCACUCCUCGGCUGGAGUUUCACCAGUCUGUGUUUGACGAGCUCCGGGACAAGCUCAUGGAGCGAGUGGCUUUCAUCGCCGAAGGCAAAGACGAGGACAGAUACCACAAGUUGGAGGAACUUCUGGAGAAGAGCUUCCCGCUGGUCAAGAUGCUGUCCAUUCAGCCGGUCGUCAUGCAGGUUAUGAAACACCUACCAAAGGUCCCGGAGAAGAAGCUGAAGCAGGUGAUGGCCGAUAAGGAGCUGUAUAAAGUCUGUGCGGUGGAAGUGAAGAGACAGAUCUGGCAGGAUAACCAGGCUCUGUUUGGCGAUGAAGUCUCUCCUUUGCUCAAGCAGUACAUCGUGGAGAAAGAGGCAGCUCUGUUCAGCAGCGAUCUCUCCAUCCUGCAUAACUUUUUCAGUCCUUCUCCCAAAACCAGGCGUCAGGGAGAGGUUGUGCAGAAGCUCACGCAGAUGAUCGGGAAGAACGUUAAACUCUACGACAUGGUGCUGCAGUUCCUCAGGACGCUUUUCCUGCGCACCCGAAACGUGCACUACUGCACCCUGCGUGCUGAGCUGCUCAUGUCCCUGCACGAUCUGGACGUCAGUGAGAUCUGCUCCGUCGAUCCCUGUCACAAAUUCACCUGGUGCCUGGACGCCUGCAUCAGGGAAAAGUUUGUCGAUGCCAAACGAGCCCGAGAGCUGCAGGGUUUCUUGGACAGUAUGAAGAAAGGCCAGGAGCAAGUCCUCGGGGACCUCUCGAUGAUCCUGUGUGACCCGUUUGCCAGUAACACACUCGUCUUGAGCACAGUGAGGAACCUGCAGGAGCUGCUCAGCCAGGACGCCUUGCCCAGAGACAGUCCAGACCUGCUGCUGCUCCUCAGGAUGCUGUGUCUCGGUCAGGGAGCCUGGGACAUGAUUGACAGCCAGGUUUUCAAAGAGCCACGGCUGGAACUGGAGGUUGUUACACGUUUCCUCCCGGCCAUGAUGUCGAUAGUGGUGGACGAUUACACCUUUACUGUAGAACAGAAACUCCCCAGUGAAGAGAAGAGCUCCCUCACCUACCCCAACACAUUGCCUGACACUUUUACCAGAUAUCUGCAGGAAAACAGAGUUGCAUGUGAGAUGGGUCUGUAUUAUGUACUCCAUAUUGCUAAGCAAAGGAAUAAGAACGCUCUGCAGAGGUUACUCCCUUCAUUAGUGGAGACGUACAACGACAUGGCAUUCGGAGACAUUUUCCUUCAUCUCCUUACCGGCCAUCUGACCCUUCUCUCUGAUGAGUUCGGCACUGAGGAGUUCUGCACGUCCGUUUUCGACAAUUUCCUCCUCACGUCCUCAUCCAGCAAGGAGAAUGUGCAUCGACAUGCGCUGCGCUUGUUGAACCAUCUUCACCAGAAAGUGCACUCCUCUUCCCUGGAAGCAUUGAUGAAGACACUUGAACCACCCAAACAGAGCAGUGAGCCGGUAAAAGAGCUCUACACACAGCUGGUGGAAAAGAUCGAGGCGUCUAAACGGAGUCCACCAGAACCCGAGGAAACUCCGACCCUGGACCUGGGCCUGCAUCCGGUCACCGUCCCCACCACGCCCACCACUCCUCUCUGAUACACACCGCAGAGACACAGAGACGGACUCCGAGACUCUCUCUUUCUAUUUUUUUUCUUAUCCAAAGCUCAUUUUAUAAACAUCGGCGCCGUUAAAUGUUUGUUUUUCUUACGAGCGAGUAUUUUAAAGCGUGAUCUUGUCUCAUUGUCGUAUCGGUUCAUAGUGAUACAGCUCUCAUGAGCGACUCGGUGGCUUGUGGAUUGUUUGUAGUCCAGCUGUAAAUAAAUUUAUUUAGAAACCCAA